ACACACACACACACCCAGCUGGCAUCAGAGUUCCUGUUUGAGAUCUAGGAUAGAUAAGCCCUUGGAUGGCCAAUGAGCUCCCACUCUCGUCCAAUCUGGGUCUGGGGUGUGGGCUGGCUUAUGCUACCUUCCCAAGUAGCCUUGGGAGUUUGUAUCCAGGUCUCAGGGCAGCUGGGGCCUGAAGUGACAUGAACUUAAAUGUGGGAUGCAUAUAAUAUGCACUUUUGCGCAAACAGAGCACAAGAGUAGCUGCAUGGGAUUAGUUGUUGCUCAUGCAUCAACCACACACAUGUAAAUUCUCACUCAUGAAAAUCUGCACUAGGCCAGAGCAUAAAAUCUGUUUUCCUGGUUCUGUCCCCUCCCACCACCUCCCUCCACCCUCAGCCUCCUCCAGUGGUGGUAGGUCCCUGGGCCAGGACAUUGCCUAGAAAACAGCUCCUCCCCCCACUGUUGCUUACAGAUCUGGAGUCACCUUGAGCUCCAGAAGGGAUAGGCGAUAGGCCCAGAGACCAGGGCAGGGCCACCAAAGGCUCCCCCAGGUGGAGCCCUGGGACCCUCUCCUUGGAGUCCUCUGACCCUGCUCCCUGCCCUGCAGAAAAUGGGUGAGUUGCCCUUAAAUAUCAACAUCCAGGAACCUCGCUGGGAUCAAAGCACUUUCCUGGGCAGAGCCCGGCACUUCUUCACUGUUACUGACCCCCGAAAUCUGCUGCUGUCUGGGGCACAGCUGGAAGCUUCCCGGAACAUCGUGCAGAACUACAGGGCCGGCGUGGUGAUUCCAGGGCUGACCGAAGACCAGCUGUGGAGGGCCAAGUAUGUGUACGACUCUGCCUUCCAUCCUGACACGGGUGAGAAGGUGAUCCUGAUUGGCCGCAUGUCAGCCCAGGUGCCCAUGAACAUGACCAUCACCGGCUGCAUGCUCACCUUCUAUAGGUAGGUCCUGUGCUGU